CUCUUUCUACUCCGUCUUUCGCUUGUACAAAUCUAAUCAGAAAUGGCAACGGCGUCGUUUAGCAUGCUGUCAGUGUUCGCCGCUCCUUCCGGUGGAUGGGGCUCUCGCAACAUGAGAAACACAAACCAAGUCUUCUCCAAUAGGAAUCCUUCAGGUAUAUACGUAAUUACAGACGAUCCUAUCAAGGAAGAAUCUCCUCUGCCUUCAACCUCGGCCACUCCACCUCAGACGCCGUUGUAUUCUCCUCCACCACUUAGCAAGCCUAAGGUGAGUACGAAGUUUGGAGAUCUUUUAGCGUUUAGCGGUCCAGCGCCCGAAAGAAUAAACGGGAGACUCGCUAUGGUAGGGUUCGUAGCGGCGAUUGCGGUGGAGCUUUCGAAGGGAGAGAACGUGUUUGCUCAAAUCUCCGACGGUGGAGUCGGAUGGUUUCUAGGAACAACGGCGUUGCUAACGUUGGCAUCGAUGAUUCCAUUGUUCAAGGGAAUAAGGGCAGAGUCAAAGUCCAAAGGGUUUAUGACGUCAGAUGCCGAGCUAUGGAAUGGUCGAUUCGCCAUGCUCGGCCUCGUGGCCUUGGCUUUCACUGAGUACGUCAAAGGCGGGACUCUUGUCUAAGUCUUUUUUUUCUUCUUUUUUGCAUUUCUUGUGUUACCCUUUAGCUAUGUUUUAAGGGAGAAUUUGGAGAAUAAUAAGUAAAUCAAAGUUUUGUUUUUAAUA